AUGAAAGAAUUUCAAUUCGACCCAGAAUCUUUUUCAAAAGUAACAUACAACAUCGGAGGCAUUUCGACAUAUAUCUACAACUCCGACAAACUAGCUUCAUACGUUGAAAAAUUCAACAAAUUUGACCAUCCGAUCGAAGCAAUUCCAAUCAACGUGAUUUACUUAAUUCACCAUAGGGGCGGCAGUCACAAACAUACAGAAGCAAUUGCUUAUAACUAUUUAAAACAAUUUUAUGACAAGAAAUCCCAAGACUAUGAUAUUCCUUUGAUUUGUGUUACAUUCGACAAUCCUAACCAUGGACAAAGAUUAGUUAACGAACAUAGCAACUCCGAUUGGGCAGAAAAUAAUGAAACCCAUGGUGCUGAUAUGAUGUCAAUUAUUGAAGGGACUAUCCAAAACAUAAGAUUGAUAAUGGAUUAUUUGCCAUCUUAUUUAAACUUGGACUCUUAUUUAAGUGACAAAUUUAAGAGAAUUAACCCUGGAACUGAAAUCAAAUUCCACAAUAUCUUGACUGGUUACUCUUUAGGCGGCCAUGUAGUUAUUCGCUAUGGUAUAGAUUACCCCCAUGACGUUAAAAUAAUUGGACCAGUUGUUGGAUGCAGUGACUUGACUUCAUUAUUAGUGACUAGAUUAAAAUCAAUAACUAACAACGAUAAGAAAUACUUUUAUUUCAAUUAUGACGAAUUGGAUCUCACCGAUGAACAGAAAAAGCAAUAUCCAGAAACAUUACAUAAAAGAAUCUCGAAACAAGAUCAAGCAAUUUUUGAAAACUAUCCAAUGAAUAAAAUCAAAAUGUUUGCAUCCUUUGGCAGUGAGGAUAAAUUAGUGCCCCACAGUUUGAGUUCGGUUUGGUGUGAUUUCUAUUUGAGCACUAAUAGUGCUGCCAGCAUUUAUGUUGCUGAAGGUGUUGGACAUGAUGUUACCGAUGAAAUGAUUGACAGAUUCACAACUUGGUUAGCUAAGAACAUUUAG